UUUCCUUUCGCUCGAUCCCUCGUUCCCCCUUUUUCCCUUCACCGCCUCCUCCGAGUCCUCUCCCUCCUUCCCCGCUCGCCAGUUCCAACUUCGAGGCUUGGGAUGGAAGGAAGCUUCGACGACGACGAUCUCCCCCUGCCCCGCAGCCAGUCCGUCUCUCCGGUUUCGAAGCCCAAGCUGUGGCGCCUCAAGAAGGCAGGCCAAUCUGGCCCUCGCGAUAUCCGCACCGCCGAUCCCGUUCUCUCUCCUUCCCGGGUCCAUCCCGUGGAGGCUCCGGCGAUGGCGGCGACGCCAGCUUCCGAGGAAUCACUGCCCGGAUCGCAUGUAAUGGAGACGGAGACGGGUCCGGAACCGGUUCUUGAUCCCUUGUUCCCGGAUCUGGCUCGAUGUGAACCGAAUUAUAUGGAGACUGAAAGAGAGAAACAGGGUUUUGAUUGGGGAGAGGAAAGUGGAAGCGCUGGAGUGCUGGGGGCGAAGGGUGGGUACGAGGACGUGAAGUCCGCGAAGAAAAGGCUGAACUCGGAGGAAGAAGUCGAGACUACUCGCAAGUAUAAGAAAAACAAGUCAGGUGAGAAGCCCAAAGAAUCUGCUCGGGAGAAGCGAAGGCUUGAAAAGGAAAGAGAGGCCGAACUGGUUCGAAUUCAUGCUGAGUCGCAGCGGUUGUUGCGUGAAACUAGUAAUGUUUCUUUUACGGCUUCCGCAAUUGUUUGGAUACCCAUACCACCUCUUUUAGAGAAGAUCAGAUGCAGGAAGCGAGAGUUGUUGGAAAAGUAUGGUUAUUUCAAUCAUCCGGAAUCUACAAAUGAUUCCACAAGUAAUAAGGUUGAUAUUUGCCAUGACUUUGAUCUUGCUAGGCCUGAGAAUGGGAGAGGCGAUGAUGAACAUUUAAAAGAGAAUGAAUUUCCACAUGACAGAUCUUUAGACGUGGGUGAAAUAGGAAGCAUCCCGACUGAUUGUGAAAAUGAUCUUCAUAAUCAGGCUACUAAUCCCAAUUCUGAAGAUGCAAAUCAGACUUUGAACACUGACAAGGAGGUUAUUUCUAAUGAUUCUGACCAAAGUGGAGAACAUAACCAAUUGGUUUACAAUACGAAUGAUAUGUUAAAAGAUACCUUGCCGUCACUGCCAACUUCCACCCCUAAACUUGUUUCCACGGAUGUUGGUCAUCCUUCCAGUUCAUCAUCAUCAGAAGAUGAUGACGAUGAGAAUAUUGAUCUUCAGCCACACAAGGUUGUUAAUAUGGACUCAUGUCCAGAACAUGGACCUGUUAAAGCUUUUGUUGAUGAUGAGGCUGAAGAAGAAGAUGAUAGUGACCAUGAUCUGAUGAGAUUUCAAGAAAAUGAAGAAGAUGAUGAAAGUGAUGAUGAUGACGUGGUUAAUGAUCUGAUUGCAACCGACUUUAAGGAAGCACCAAUAGAUCAUGAAAGUCGCAAUCUGCUUCAUCAGAAGUGGGUUGAGCAACAGGAUACUGCUGCAACAGACAAUUUCCUGCAAAGAUUGAGAUUUGGUCAGAAACAGAAAGAGCCAAAUUUUUUUCACGAAGAAGAGGAGAAUGAAGAAUUUAGUGAGAAAUCUGAAGAGGAAGAAUCAUAUGACCUACCUCAAACUAAUGCCACCCGUAAAAAUGCAAAAUUGGCAAAACAGAUGGUUGCACAAAUGUUCACCGAUGAUCAGGAUGCUUAUGUAUCGUCAGAUGAUGAAGAGAUUGAGCGUGCGUUAACUCGUCAGCGCUUACUGAGGCAGAAUGAAGAAUCCACAUUUAUUUCUCUGGAAGAUGAUGGGGAUUCCCGGGAAUUUUUUGGUCUUAUUAAGAAGGUGAACAAUGCUUCUGAGCCCAAAAAGAGAGAGAAAACAAUUACAUCUGACUUUGAUAGACUGCUAGUGAGGGGAAGCAACUAUAGCUCUUCAAAGGCAUCUUUUCUUGGUCGAGCAAAAGGUUCUUCGAUGCCAUAUUCACACAAACAAGGAUCAACAACUGCCCGGGCAUUCAUUUUUGGUCGAGAUGAUAGUAAUAGCAGGAGUUGUCUGGCAGCCUCUGAGAACCAUCAAAAUGUGGAUGUGAUGGAAAAACAACAUAGGAAGCCUUCUUCAGCAAAGUUCAACGGCUCACAGGUGAAAUCAACUUGUACAUCGAAGACUGAGGUGGAUACAAGUUCAGGUCCUUCAUUGUUUGCGAUCCUGCAGCAAUCAUCUAUAUCCUCUGGUAAACAAAGAAUGAAUAGUAAGAUGCCAAGCAGCGAUAAGUUAUCAGAAACCCGAAUCGCCAACCAUUUUUCAGCAUUUAGGCUACGCAGGUCUGCAAAAUAGCAGAGAAGAAACAAAUGGCUAACGCCAGAGAAAGCCCAAGGGGUAAUUUGAUCUUUUUGGACUCCUGGAUCUACGACUCCUGCAUGAUUCCCAAGGACAUCUGAAGCUUUCUUUAGUCUUAAAUGUGGAGGUUGACUGCUGGACUUAUUCGGAACAGCAAAGUAAUUGUGACGGCAGUCUGCUUGAUGAUUCCAUAUAUCUGACUUUUUUGUUUGUCGAACCUUGUGUUUUGUUCCUAUGUAAUUACUAGGUUAUUCGUUUGUUUCUUUGAACUGGAGUCAAGGUUGCACUCGUGUCAUGUAAAAGUUCUUGAUGACGAUUAAAGGGGAUUUUGAUUAAGAGCAUU